UAUGAAAAGCUCUCGCGCUCUAAGAUUCUCCUUUUCUAAUCAAGUCGUUUAGCCAAAUUUUUAAAAUAAUAAUUAAAAAAAAUAUGAUUUCAGAGGUUUAUGAUAUGAGUCUGGAUUCUUUGUAUAAGCAGAUUUUGCUCACUGAGCAACAAGUGUCCGAGAACACUCGGCAACUCCAUGAAGUAAAAUCAGCCAUCACCAAGGCUGAGGAGAAAAUCAAGUCGUUUACUGAAAAGCUGGAGCAUGCGCAUACCGAGCUGGAUGAGAAGGCUCAGCUCGAGUCUGAAAUUACGCUGCAGCUGAAUUUGAUCAAGAGACAACAGCAAGAAAUAGAGAAGAAGAAAGAGGACUUGCUCGAGCAACAGAAUGGGCUCAGACAGGAGAUGGAGCGAAUAAACAGAGAGGCAGCAGAAGAGAAAGAGAAGUUCAUGAAAGCGAUCAGAACCUUCAACAGCGAUUUUAACCUGCUGAGAAAGAGGGACACUGUGUUCCAGAGUCAGACCAGAUCUGAAAUCCAGAGUCUCCAGUCGGAAGCCGAGGCACUAACCACAGAGAUGGAGAGGAUGAAGCAAGAAAACACUCGGCUGAUCUCUUUGCAAACAGAGCGCGAAUCUUUAGCAGCAGAGCUCCAGGGGCUGCACUCACAUCUAGCAGAUUUGGAGAGGGAGCUGGAGGAGGCAGUGGCUCUCACAGAGUCCCUGAAGACUGAAAGGCAAAUGGCCAUUCAGAAACCUCUGACAGACAGCACCUGCCUCAGACUGAAGAAAGAGCUAGAGGCACAUAAGGAGCUGGAGAUGCUGCAUGAGGCCCUCAGAGCGGAAAUUCAGUUCUUGCGUUCGAAAUGAUCACAGAAGGCGAGCGAGUGCUGAGAUUCUCGGACUGCUGUUGUUCAGCAGUUACCUGUGAGUUUGAUGCUCCUGGAGAAUCUGAUGUUCUGUUUUGACAGUUUAUGGUUUGUUGAAGAUUUCAAGAAUAAUAUGCAAAGCCCUUCAGUGCAGAUUUGUGUUUGUGCGUCGUAAUGUUCACUUUUUUCUUGAAAAAGAAAAAGAACAUCGGACCACUCUACAGCUUGCUUUUGAGUACAGGUUUCUGUUAGGAAUCUGACUUUGCUCAGUGUAAAUCUGUGAAAGGCUUCCCUCUAGUGGAUGCAACUGUAACAGACAAGACGAAAAUACAGUCCAAUUCAUGCUAAUAGUAAGAAACUGUUGUCGUUGAUGUGUGGCGGAAAAUCCAUCAGUCCCAGUGUAUCGAAUAUAUUAGUGCAUAUUAUUAGUUUUAAUUUAUUUAGCCAUAUCCAGUACUGAGA